UUACGUCACUCUUGUCUUUUUGCACUACUGAACUACUGAGGAUCUACUUUUAUACAAACUAAAGAGACGUGACCUACUUCUGUGGAAGGACACUACUUCUACAAACAGCACUUUUUUUCUAAGUUCUUACCGGUUUCCACCGGCUCUACCAGAUCCAAACCAGUGGAUCUCCUGAGCUGGAGUCCUUAUCACGAACCCUCCACCACGGAUAAACCUAGCAGACCGCCCUGACCCCAGAACCCCAGAAACCCUGACCCCCAUACCACAAGACCCCCAGAUCCCUAGAUCCUGAGGCCAAUAGACCCCCAGACCCCCUGGCCUCUAGACCCCCGGCCCCCAGCAUCCUCCCCCCCCUCAGCGAUGCAGCUGGAGAUCCAGGUGGCUCUGAACUUCCUCAUCUCCUACCUGUACAACAAGCUGCCGCGGCGCCGCGUCAACACCUUCGGAGAGGAGCUGCAGCGCCAGCUGGAGGCCAAGUUCAAGGGCCACUGGUACCCCGACCGGCCCUCUAAGGGCUCGGGGUACCGCUGCCUGCAGGUUGGGGUGAAGGUGGACCCUGUGGUGGAGCAGGCCGCGCGGCAGAGCGGCCUGGACCUGGCCGACGUCCGGCACAACCUGCCCCAGGACCUCAGCGUGUGGAUCGACCCCUACGAGGUGUCCUACCAGAUCGGAGACAAGGGCCCCGUAAAGGUGCUGUACGUGGACGACAGAGGGCCGGAAGGGGGCGGGGGCGGGGCCGCGGGAGCGGACCUGGACAAGGAGAUCAGGAAUAGCUUCAACCCCGAGGCGCAGGUGUUCCUGCCCAUCAGCGAGCCCCCGGGUGGGGAUGGGGUGGUUGGUGUGGGGGGCGGCGGCUCCCCGGCCUCCAGCUCCCCCUCGCCGCCCUUCGGCCACUCGGAGGCGGGCAGCCCCUCCUUCCUGCCGCGCUCCGCCAAGCCGCUCACCUUCACCACCGCCACCUUCGCGGCCACCAAGUUCGGCUCCACAAAGAUGAAGAGCAGCGGCCGCGGGAACAACAACAACAACCCCGGCGGCAACCACAGCAACAACAACAUGGGAAACAACAACAACAACAGCAGCGGCAACGCGGGGAAGCAAACAGCCCGCAGCUCGCCCAGCGGCCUGAAGCACCCCUCCAUGCUAUCGCUGUACGGCCCGCCCCCCCUCAAGCCCUCCGCCCUCUCCCCCAACGCCAAGGAGUUUGUGUUCCCCAGCCUGCAGGGCCCGGGGAGGCCCGGGGGGCCCCUGUUCCCCGGGGAGGAGUCCCUGGGCCUGGGCCCGCUGGGCUACGGCCACGCCCUCGAUAUGCUGGCGGCGUACGGGGGGCUGGGAGACGCAGCCCUGAUGGACGGCCUCGGCCUGGGGGCCCUGCAGUACUCACACCAGCAGUACUCACACCAGCAGUACCAGCCCGUCAUGGCCAACUAGUCGGGGACUAUUCACCGGUACCAGCGUACUGGUAGAACUACUGUUCUGUAGUACCAGAGUACUAGUAGAACUACUGCUCCGUGGUACCAGAGUACUAGUAGAUCUACUGCUCUGUAGUACCAGAGUACUGGUAGAACUACUACUCUAUCGUACCAGAGUACUGGUAGAACUACUGCUCUAUGGUACCAGAGUACUGGUAGACCUACUACUCAGUAGUACUACUCUGUAGUACCAGAGUACUAGUAAAACUACUGCUCUGAGUACUAGAGUACUGGUAGAACUACUGCUCUGCUGCUGCUCCUCUAGUACUACUACUCUACUCCUCUACUACACCCUCGCCCCCAGAGGGAGGAGGGGGUCCUAGUGGGAAUCAAAAUGCACAUAAACCUGGAACAGAAACCCAGAAACAAACAGGAUGUCACGGCCAACACUAGGACCAUGGGGCCGGGGGGCGCGGUCGCCGUAGCAACAUGAGGCGAGGAGACCCCCCAACCCCCGGAGGGGAGGGACCCCUCAGGGGGGGGGGGGGGGGGGGUUGCCCAUCUGGACCCCCCCAGGCUUGUAGGACGAGAUGCUUGGUCACUUUAGAACGAAUCAUUGUCAUUUCAUUUGCCAACCUAGCACAAAAUGGUUUUUUUUACAUGACAAUUUUAUGCUACAUAUAAAUAUAUAAGGAAGAAAACAACUUCCCAGUUCAUGGCCUCUUUCAGUAUUUGAAGUAUAACUGGACAUCGCCAACGUUCAACUUUGGCACGAGUAAAUGGAAUUCGCAGUCUUUUUUCUGAUUGUAUAAUUUAAUUUAGUACAGAGUUUGUAAAAUAUCAGAGUAUCUAUUGUUUCUACGACAUGGUAUUACAUUUCUAUCUUUUUACUACUCCAGUGAUCUGUGAUGGCUGCAGCAACCUGUGUUAUUUCUUUUUUAUUGAAAUUGUAAAAUGAAUCCAUCUUAAAAAAGAAAAAAGAAAAUAGGACACACUGAGUCUCAAACGAAUGACGACUAUUCCAGCGGUGGGAUUUAAGAAUGUUUGCUUUUUUGAAAAAACAUAAGAGUUGUAUUUUCUGUUAAAAGUUGAAAAGAUUUUUGCUAUAUUAUGGACAAAAUGUAAUCCUAGAUUAAUUUUGUACCUAAAUUGUGCAAUACUUGAUAAUAAGAAACGGUAUAACAAAGUAUUUGGAGUCAGUGUCUUACAUGUUAAGAAGGACUGAUGGUUUAUUAAGUUUGUAUUAAAAGCUUGAAAUAAUU